GCGCAUGCGCACCAGCCGCACACGUUGUUUUGGAUUUGGAGUGGGUUUGUCAAAAGUAGCAAGUCGAUAGUCAUGUUUAAAUAGGUUCACCACGUUGUUCACGUUAUUUAUAGUCGCGGUGUUUCUCGUGUAGGUCUCUGCUUGGACUGUUACUAGCUGUUAUUAGCUGUUGCUCAACCCAGGCGAUAGGAAGAGGUAAAGUUUAAAAGCUAACUAGCCGGCUAGCCUAGCCCCCUGACCAAGUGGCAGCAUGGCAGCUGUACUGGAGCUGAUUGCUGGGAGCUACGAGCAGAUCGCCUUUGGUUACCGAGUGAAAACGGAUGAGAAGGAGUGGACAGCCACGGCAGACUUCACACAUCACGCCCACACUGCAUCCAUAUCAGCUGCUGCAGCCAGUGAGAGGUUUGUUGUCACAGGAAGCAAAGAUGAGACCAUACAGCUUUAUGACAUGAAGAAGAGGACUGAACACGGAGCUCUGCUGCAUCAUGACGGUACCAUCACCUGCCUGGAGUUUUAUGGGGCGUCUCAUUUACUGAGCGGAGGAGAAGAUGGACUCAUAUGUGUGUGGAGCACAAAGAAGUGGGAAUGUCUCAAAUCCAUCAAAGCUCACCAUGGUCAUGUCACAUCGCUGUCCGUCCAUCCGUCUGGAAAACUUGCACUUUCAGUUGGGACAGAUAAGACUCUCAGAACAUGGAAUCUGACUAACGGACGAUCGGCCUUCAUCAAAAACAUAAAACAGAAUGCACACAUUGUCAGAUGGUCUCCAGAUGGAGAUAAAUAUGUGACCGUGGUGAAUGACACAGUGAGCAUCUACGACCUGGAGACAGCCUCUGUGACAGGAACAGUCAAAAACCCCAAGAGGAUCUCAUCUGUUAAGUUCUUAAAUAACUCCAUUCUGGCCGUCGCAGGGGACGAUGAAAUUGUGAGGUUAUGUGACGUAGGAAAAGAGACAUGGGUGUGUGAGUUUAAGGCUCAUGAAACCAGAGUGAAAGCAGUUGACAGUUUCAUGAUGGAGGAUUACUGCGUGCUGGUGACGGCUUCAAACGACGGAUUCAUCAAAAUGUGGAAACUCCAUCUAAAAGAGGAGGUCGAGUCUCCCUCUCUCCUUGGGGAAGUGAACACAAUGGCCAGACUGACGUGCCUGGCUGUGUGGAAACCUUCAUCAGUGCAGCAGAUCACUGACGAACCAGCAGCUCGGGCAACAACAUCUGAAGAGCUCACUCAGGAGCUUUCAAAGACGAAGAGAGUCCGAAUCGCAGCAGAAGAAGUCAUUCUGGAAGACGAGAGCAAACCCAAAAAGAAGAAAAAGGGCACUGGAAAAUAAAUUGGAAAAUAAUAAAUCUGUUUUUUCAUUCAU